GGUUUUCUUUUUUUUCGAGUAUAAAAUAAGCAGCUAAAAAAAACAUAGGUAGUCUUUAUUUCACUUCUUUCCUUAACCACCACCACCCCUUACUUUCGUUUUUUAAUAUCAAUGUCUUUAAAAAAAUCGACUGCAUCAGAAAAUAUGCAACCUAAUCAUCUACCAAACGGCCUCGAGCACCUAUUGCGUGUUUUCGAUGCCAUCAUAAGAAAGUUCGAUGUGAUGGUAUUCAUCCCAACUGUACACGAUGCUUAUCUACAGGCAUUUUAUGUGCUUAUCCAAGCUCAAGAAGAUCUCGCACAACCCAACCUACCAAUGUGGAUCCUUUUAUUGAUAAUCUUUCACAGCUGGAGGCCCGUAUUCGACGCAUUGAAACUGAUCUCGAAAACCAACGUUCCAUGGUCAAUUCAAUUGUCCCUCAUGAAGAGAAUGAGUCUGUAUCAUUAGCUACCAGCGAACUCAAGGCAAAAAUGCUCAAGACAGAAAUAGAAGUACAAGAUUCGAGAUCCAUUUUAGCACAAUUACGACUUAAAGGCGAACAACGCAUUUCUCGAGGCAAACGAGCUGCUGCUGCUGCUGCUGCUGCUGCUUCUGCUUCUGCUUCUGCUAAUACUAGUACUAAUACUACUAUUACUACUACUGCAAAUACCAGAGAAGAUAAAUCAACAGUUCAUGAACCCAAGCUAUCAAGUACAGAAACAAAGCAUCCACGACAACCGCUUUAUUUUCAAGAUAUGAUGCUUGAUAACAAUACAGACUUUAUGAGCUAUGAAUCUACAGGACAAACGAUCGAUUGGACUAUGUUUGAUAACAAACCCAGUCUGUUGAAUACUAUGCAGCCCAUGUCUUCUGAUUUGUAUGCAGACCAUCAUAUGUCUUUUACUGAUUCGAAAGAUAUGACAUCAAUGGUCAUGAAUUCGAUUCUAUCUCCUACUUCAACUCGCUCUUCUUCAUUGAUAAGCAAUAUUGGGUUUCCUAUCGUACUCCAGCCUUCAAAUUCAACUCAUUCAACCACUUCCAAUAUGACAACAACUUCCUGUUCUUCUCUCAAUUCAUGUGAAAAUAUCCUUCAGUUUAAUAUGGAGGACAUGAUGUUCCAUAACAAAGAUACGCUAUCUAACAAUACUACAAUGUGGUUUUAUCCUUCAUAAUAAUAACAAUAAUAAUAAUAAGCCCUCUUUUUUUUGCUGGCAUUGAAA